AUGGCGCCCGAAUCAGACGAGCGAGCCACUGAGAGCUGCAGGGGGCAGGAACCUCUCCCAGCUUCACAAGAGCUACCGAGUGCCCAUCCGGAACUGGGGCUACAAACCAAUGAAGCUGUGGGAACCGCGCAGAGAUCCGUGUCUGGAGAAGAUGACUUUCAUCCCGGAUUGCGCUUGUGGAUCAUUAUAGUCGAUAUCAUAGUAUCAGAUCUUGUCCCUCUCCGUCUGCGUGGCAACUACAUUGGCGUAAUUCUGUCAAUUUACGGCAUCGGCACCACUCUUGGUCCCUUCAUCGGCGGCUCCAUAGUCAGUCACACAACCUGGCGUUGGAUCUUCUACAUUCUUUAUUUCCCUGAGAUUUCUCCUAUUGGCGGCCUAUCUCUGGUGAUUCUUUUUAUAUUCCUCCAAGUCAACUACAAAGACCACAUGACAUUCAGCCAGAAGAUCAGGCGGAUCGACUUCCUGGGAAAUUUUGUCCUCGUCGCCUCCACUGUUGCGAUCUUGUAUGCGCUGGCAAAUGCUGGCGCUAGCUAUAGCUGGGCCUCGUGGCAGAUUCUAGUCCCAGUCAUCCUUGGAUUCUUCGGCUUCUUCGUUUUUCUGUAUACCCAAGGUGGCCGAAUCGCUGCCGCUGAGCCGGUUAUCCCGCUCCGUCUCUUCAAGCACCGUACAUCGAUCAUCAUCAGCAUCAACACCUUCAUAAAUUCGGCGCUUACGUUCUGGGGCGUAUUCUUUCUUCCUGUCUUUUUUCAAGCCGUGAAACUCUACGGGCCACAAUAUUCAGGUGUUGCUCUAUUGCCCAUGUCCCUGGUCGCCAUUCCAGGCUCGGCAAUUGCUGCGGUGUCCAUCAGCCGGUGGGGACGGUACAAGCCAGUCCACGUUGCAGGAUUUUCCGUAUUCAUGCUUGGCCUGGGCUUAUUCACACUUCAAAACCCCGAUACCACCGUUGCCCAAUGGGCAAGCUACCAGUGCGUGUGUGCCCUAGGCGCUGGAGUGCUGCUGAAUUCGCAGUUACCAGCAUUUCAAAGCGCGGUGCCUGAAAGCGACCAGGCUGCCGCUUCCGCAGCAUGGGGUUUCAUAAGAAGCUUCGGCUGGGUCUGGGGUGUUGCCAUCCCCGCGUCAAUAUUUAACAAUCGCGUUAGCCAACUUCUUGGUGAGAUCUCUGAUCCCGCAGCCGCCCAGAUGAUGGCAAGUGGAUCGGCAUAUGGCGCGGCAUCCGCUGCGAUGGUGGAGCAGUUUGCUCCUGAAGUACAGUCCGAGAUACGUUCCGUAUACAGCCAAGCACUUCAGCGGCUGUUUCAAAUAUCCAUCGCGUUCGCGGGAGUGGGGUUCAUGCUGUCCUUAUUUGAAGACGAGAUCGUGCUCCGAGAAACAUUGGAAACUGAGUUUGGAUUAAGGCAUGAAAAUGACCGAUAUCACCGGGCUCAGGGAGCUGCUGAGGAGAAAUCAGGGCCCACGGACGGUAACAAAUGA